AUGAUAUAUAUAUUACGUAUUUUGCAGCCUGCGGCAACGGAUCGUCGUGGUGAGUCAGGAGGAAGCACAACACUGUCCUUAUCCUCAUCGGUAUUCAAUUCAAUACACAAUCAGAGGGAUUCUCAUACGCCGUCCGGUUCACAAAUCCAUCAACAUCUUAAAGCAGAUCAGCGAUGGGAGGUGAUAAGGCAUCCAGAAUUGAGGGCAAUAGAGACAGGCAAACGUAGUCACCAGGAGGUUGUCAAUCAAAAGAGAGAUACCUUGCCCAGAUUUGGUCCUCCUCAAUUAGGAAUAGGCUCUGCUGUGAUCUUCGAACCCAGCCGGCAAAGAUCAGAACCUCCGAGGAUAGGCAAGGUGAGUACUGAUAGAUUUGGAAGUACAAUUGAUUGA